CUGCCGCAGGCCUCGGAAGGGCGCACGCACGGGAAGGGCUGCGCUGGGCUGACUUCCGACCUCUGACAGUGCGGUGAUGUCACAGGGGCCACUUGGCAACGGGGGCCCCCUGGCCACACUGGGCGGCGCCUCAGGCGGAGGUUGGAAGCCAUGCUCUCCAUCUGACGUGUGCUGGGGAGCCCGUGUCCCUCUUCUUUCCGAAAACCUAAGAGAGGCGAGAAGGAUGGAGAAGGACGCGGCCGCACACAGGAGGCACCGGCCAGGCCCUGGGGUCCCUGCCUCAGGGGUGGCCCCUGGACACCUCAAGGCAGCCAGCGAGAUGGCCGAGCUCCAGAGGAGCAGGAGCAUGGGCGGCCUGCACCAGAAGGGGGACCCUCCCAGCUGCAUCAAGAAGCUGUCCAAGGAAGCGGAGUCCGAAGACCAGGGAAAGGACCCACGGACCGACACUGAAGAUGCCGGCGGUCAGGCAGACCCAGAGGAAGACACGCAGGAAAAGCACCAGGACACCCGGGGAAAGUUGGACCCAGACGGUGGAAGGACAGAGCCAGAGGAACCAGAGUCCGUCAAGGUGGAUGACCAUCGUGGAAAAGAGACGCCAUCUGUGUUUGUGGAGAUUGAUCUGGGAGACUGUGCCGAGGAGGCGGUCACAGGUGCCAUGAGAGAAGAGAAGCGGGCCCAGAUGGACAUGGGGGAUUUGUCAGAAGAUGAGACCAGGACCAGCUGGGUGUGCUGCAUCCCCUACUCCACCCGAAGGAAGACGAAGGAGAGCGUGUAGCUGCCGUGGACAAGGGCACCGAGGACCACCCAGGUAUGACCCACUGGUCCGCUGGCUAAGCGACGAGGCCAUCUUACACAAUAAAGUGUGAACGGAA